UUUGGCCAUGACUGAUUGUGGUUCCCAUGCUGCUCCUCUCCAGUGAAAAUUCUCUCAGGUCUUCGGCCAACGACUUUCCAACGAACACCUUCAAAGACGGUUAGUCACCACAACUCACUCUGUGUGUGUGGUUUGUGAUGUGUUCGAUUAUAACACAAUUCGUCUCACAAAUUUCACACUCUCUUUAUGCACGCGGGAAUCUUGUUCAGACGAUAUCAUAACUAGGAUUCCGUUCGAGAAGCGCGGCGAUUAUCUUGCCGUUGGAGAUCGAGGUGGACGAGUUCUUAUAUUCGAACGAGAUGAUAGAAUAAAGAAUGGUUCGCGUAAUCGAAAAGAUUUGGAGCAGCUGGAUUUCGCUCCUUCGCGGCAUCCCAAGUUUCUUUACAAGACGGAAUUUCAGAGUCACUAGCCCGAGUUUGAUUAUCUCAAAGAUUGUGGAAAUUGAAAAGAGGAUUAACAAAGUAAGGUGGGGCAUUACCCACAACGGUUUGCUGUUCCUUCUUUCAACCAACGAUAAAACAAUUAAACUGUGGAAGGUUAAAGAACAUAAAGUGAAACAAGUUAAAGAAAUGGCCCCAAUUCUGUGCUCAGAAAAUAUGCUUCUGGCUGAAAGGAGUUACAUAUGUGGGCAGGAAACUCAUUCUGCUGCAAAUGGCUAUCAUUUGGAAUGGACAGAGAAGAUGCCUGGGAAUCUUUUACAACCUCAAGACAUUGAUACCAAGAUUUCUGGAUCGGAAGACACUGUUCAUACAAAGUGCCGAAAGGUGUACAGUUAUGCUCACGGUUUCAAUAUUAACUCGAUCUCAAAUAAUAGUGAUAUUGAGACCUUUAUCUCAGCAGAUGACCUUAGAAUCAAUUUGUGGAAUCUUGAGGUCAGUGAUGAGUGUUUCAAUAUCAUUGACAUGAAGCCGUCAAACAUGGAGGAUCUUACUGAGAUUAUAACAUCAGCUGAAUUCCAUCCAUUACAUUGUAACCUGCUGGCAUAUAGCAGCUCACGCCUCACGAGGUUUUAUUCGUCUAUACGAUUUGCAGUAUGCGACCAUGCUUCUAGAAUCUUGAUUAUACAGAUUUCAGCAUUGAAAGUCCUGUGGAUCAAAGUCAUUUUUUACAGAAAUCAUUGUAUCCAUCUCAGACUUAAGUUUUCGAAUGAUGGCCAGCAUCCUAUAAGUCGUGAUUACAUGAAUAUGAAGGUUCUCCUAUUAUUACAGUUAUGUAAAUUUUCAUUUCAAAAUUAUAUUCCAGAAUCUAUCUUGUAUUAUAGUUUUUUUCUUUAGACACUGGUAGUAUGAUGCGGUUCUCAGUUU